CGUCGAAGCCCCUCCCCCUCUUCUCGUCACGUGUCGCAGGGACAGCAGCAACAGCGGAUCGCCCUCUCCACUGCUGGAUGAGAUGGCUUCGCGUGCUGCGCUGCUGCCGUUCGUCAAGACGGAGGUGGAGGAAGCCCCAGGCCUGUGGCCCGGCUUGGCCAUGGAGUGCGAAGAGGAUGAUGGCGAUGAUGGUGACGACGAUGAUUGUGAUGACGGUGAAGCAGGAGCGGUCGUGAAGCAGGAGGAGGGUGAGGGCCGUCUGGGCCCCGAGAUCGUGAGGACGCUGGUGAAGACCGAGGUGGAGGAGGACGGUGAUGAUGGUGGUGAUGGAGACGUCAGCCUGCGUCCCGGCCGGGAGACGUCGCGGCCGCUGAAGGUGAAGGUCGAAUGGCAGGAGGGAGACUCGGGUGGCGAGCGGGAGCUCCUGUGCGCGGAGUGCGGCACGGAGCCGCGCGGCGGCGUCGGCGGCGUCCGGAACACGUGGGACGAAGAAGCGAAACCGGGCGGCGGCGACGGCGGCACCGCGCGAGCGUGCGCGCGGUGCGGCAAGGAGAUGCCGCUCGGGGGCAUCUCAUCGCACGACGACGACGGUGACGACGGCGUCGAAGGCGACGACGAUCGACGACUGCCGAAACGUCGGCGGCAGCGUCAGCGGCAGCAGCGACGCGCGCCCGGCGGCGGCGAGAAGCCGCACGUGUGCACCGAGUGCGGCAAGGCCUUCGCCCGCUGCUCCGACCUGGACCGCCACUCGCUGACGCACACCGGCGAGCGGCCGCACGGCUGCCCCGACUGCGGCCGCCGCUUCUCGCACGCCUCCUCGCUGAAGCUGCACGCGGCCACCCACACGGGGGAGCGCCCGCACGCCUGCCCCGACUGCGGCCGAGGCUUCACGCGGCGCUCCUACCUGGAGACGCACGCCCGCCUCCACACGGGCGAGAGGCCGCACGCCUGCGCGGACUGCGGCCGCCGCUUCCUGCACAAGCACUCGCUCAAGACGCACGCGGCCAGCCACGCCGCCCGGAGGCCCCUGGCCUGCGGCGAGUGCGGCCGCGGCUUCGCCCGCCCCUUCGACCUGGAGGCGCACGCGCGCACCCACACUGGCGAGAGGCCGCACCCGUGCCCCGACUGCGGCAGGCGCUUCGCCCGCCGGUGCCACCUGGAGGCGCACGCGCGCAUGCACACGGGCGAGUGGCCCUGCCUCUGCAAGGAGUGCGGCAAGGGCUUCGCCUGCUUCUCGCACCUGGAGAGGCACGCGCGCACGCACACGGGCGAGAGGCCGCACGCUUGCGACGCGUGCGGGAAGCAGUUUCGCGAGCGAUCGCACCUCAAGAAGCACGCGGCGACGCACGGAGCAGCGUACGAUGAAUGCCCCGGUGGGCCGGAGAUGGCAAAUACCUCGCCUGAAGGUAUGCAGCAAGGCUCUUCGCGUGACACCCAGAGUCAUCAUCAACAUCGUCGUCAUCAUCAUCAACGUCAUCAUCAUCAUCGUCAUCAUCAUCGUCAAAAUCGUCAUCAUCCUCGUCGUCGUCUGCCCACGUGCGUUUUGACGCGCGACUGCUGCCCGUUGAGACAAAGGCGGCCGAGGGGGUGGGUGGAGGUCCCCCCCCCUCAGCCCCCACCCACCCAGACUCAGAUGGCUUCUCUCGCCGAGCCUCCUGCUCCUCCUCCUGCUCCGCCGCCGCUCAUCAAACGAGAAGAUGAAGAGGACGUGCCAGGCGCUGGGGUGGGUCCGGGCGUGGCGGUGAAACGUGAAGAGCCGGCUGCUGACCAAGGCGGAGCAGCAGCAGCAGGAGCGGCGGUGCAGCAGCAGCAGCAGCAGCGUGUGUGUGCGCGUGCAGCAGGAGCGGUUGUGAAGCAGGAGGAGGGUGAGGGCCGUCUGGGCCGCGAGAUCGUGAGGACGCUGGUGAAGAACGAGGUGGAGGAGGACGGUGAUGAUGCGCCAGACCUGAAGAUCGUCAAGGUCGAGGGAGCCGGCGAAAGGCCGGAGGGGAGCCGGGAUUCACGCGGCUGGAACCCGGCCGCUCUGCACCACAACUUCAUCGAGGUGGAGUUGUCGGAAGGGGACGAUAGCGGAGACCAGAACUUCAUCGAGGUGGAGUUGUCAGAAGAGGAGGAGGAGGACGUUGGUGAAGGCGCAGCGAGAGGAUCGGGCCUCUCGUGCGACGAGUGCGGGAAGGGCCGCGGCGAGGGCUUCCGGACGACCGUGGCGGUGGCGGUGGCCGGUGUCGGAGGCCAACGUGGAGGCCGGACCUCGCGAGCCUGCGCACGGUGCGGGGAGAAGCCGCCGGGAGGCGUCGCGCGAAAAAAGCGGGCGACGUACGGCGGAGAGAAACGUUGCCUGCGGUCGACGCACCGAGGGAAGGCGUCUCCCACGGCGGCCGGCGACGCCGACGGCGGCAAGCCGCACGCGUGCGACGAGUGCGGUAAGGGGUUCACGCACCGCUACCGACUGCGGAGGCACGUGAAGACGCACGCCGGCGAGCGUCCGCACGUGUGCGCCGAGUGCGGCAAGGCGUUCACGCUGCGCGGCAACCUGAAGGUUCACGCCCGGAAGCACACGGGGGAGAGGCCGCACGCGUGUGGCGAGUGCGGUAAGGGGUUCACGCACCGCUACCGACUGCGGAGGCACGUGAAGACGCACGCCGGCGAGCGUCCGCACGUGUGCGCCAAGUGCGGCAAGGCGUUCACGCUGCGCGGCAACCUGGAGGUUCACGCCCGGAAGCACACGGGGGAGAGACCGCACGCUUGCGGCGAGUGCGGGAAGAGGUUCGCGACGCGCUACAACCUGGAGACGCACGCGCGCACCCACACGGGCGAGUGGCCUCACGCCUGCAGCGACUGCGGCCGGGGCUUCGCGACGCGCUCCAACCUGGAGGCGCACGCCAGGACCCACACGGGCGAGCGGCCGUACGCGUGCGGCGAGUGCGGCAAGCGCUUCUCGCUGCGCGUCAACCUGGAGACGCACGCGCGCACCCACACGGGCGAGAAGCCGCACGCCUGCCCCGACUGUGGCCGCGGUUUCACGCGCCGCUCCAACCUGGAGAGGCACGCGCGCACCCACACCGGCGAGUGGCCGCACGCUUGCCCCGACUGCGGCAAGGGGUUCGCGCUGCGAGCGGGCCUCGAGGCGCACCGCCGGACGCACGCCCCCGAGAGGCUGCACGCCUGCCCCGAGUGCGGGGAGGCGUUCGCUCGGCGCUCCGGCCUCGAGACGCACGCGCGGACGCACGCCGGCGAGAGGUUGCACUCGUGCGCCGACUGCGGGAGGGGCUUCGCCCGCCACUCGCACCUCAAGGAGCACUCGAAGACGCACAGCGGCGAGCGGCCGCACGCGUGCGGCGAGUGCGGGCGCGCCUUCUCGCAGCGCUCGAACCUGGAGACGCACGCGAGGACGCACACGGGAGAGAGGCCUCACGUUUGCGAGCAGUGCGGCCGGGGGUUCUCGCGGAGGAACGCGUUAAAGAGGCACUACAAGACGCACGCCGUCGAGCGGACGCCAUGAGCAGACCUCCUCGUGGAGACCGACCCCCUUACACACACAAAGACAAAAGAUCCCCCCCAUGUAGCCUUCAACAGACUCUUGGGGCUGUUCGCGAGCACGCAAUGAAGGCCGUCACUGUGGCGAUGUUCACACAUCUCACCAGGUACUCAUUUGAGACCGGGUCGACCUAGGGGAGACCCAGGAUCGGUUCAGAUCAUUGUCACUGGUGUUGGCCGGGAGCGGAAAUCGAACUCGGGUCGCUGGGUUGGUAGCGCAAUGUGCUAACCGCUGCACUUCCGCUCCCCACUAUCACAUCCACCAUCACCGCCAUUACAAAAUAUGGCUGUUUCCGUGUUCACUUGUAGUGUGAAGAUGAUCCGCUGCCCUUAUCAUCUUCAAUCUCCUCCACCACUCCCACAUAUCACCUCUCCUCCUUAUCCAUCCUGCUUCCCAUCUACUGUCACUACACUAGCUACAAAGUGCUUGCCACCAAUGCACCACAUUACCUCGCUGAUCUCAGCAAGGAACAGAAAUCAUCACGCAAACUCCGGUCGUCCUCGCAGCGGCGGCCUUUGGCGAGCCAUCGAUCAAAGACGGUCAAUGUAAAUACAGCUCCCUCCUUCAUCCACAGCUCUCGCCUUCAUCCACAGCUCCCUCCUUCAUCCACAGCUCUCUCCUUCAUCCACAGCUCUCUCCUUCACCCACAGCUCCCUCCUUCAUCCACAGCUCCCUCCUUCAUCCACAGCUCCCUCCUUCAUCCACAGCUCCCUCCUUCAUCCACAGCUCCCUCCUUCAUCCACAGCUCUCUCCUUCACCCACAGCUCCCUCCUUCAUCCACAGCUCCCUCCUUCAUCCACAGCUCUCUCCUUCAUCCACAGCUCCCUCCUUCAUCCACAGCUCCCUCCUUCAUCCACAGCUCCCUCCUUCAUCCACAGCUCUUUCCUUCAUCCACAGCUCUUUCCUUCAUCCACAGCUCCCUCCUUCAUCCACAGCUCUCGCCUUCAUCCACAGCUCUUUCCUUCAUCCACAGCUCCCUCCUCCAUCCACAGCUCUCUCC